CAAUUAACUUCCCUUUUUAAGAAAUAAAAAACAUUUCUGCCUGUUCAGCCAGCAGAACAUCUCUCACUGUUUCUCCAAACGCUGUCGUUCUUGGAUCCGUCGACACGGCGCAGGAACACGGUUGAGAGGAGGAGAAUUCCAAGACUCAAACAUGUCGUACUCGGAUUCAGACUCCUCGUCGUCGUACGGCGGCGGCGAGUACAAGAAUUUCAAACAAAUCAGCCGUGAACGAUUAUUGCAUGAAAUGCUUCGCUCAGCAAAAACAGGGAGCUCGAAAUCAACCUGGAAGGUUCUCAUCAUGGACAAACUAACUGUUAAGAUAAUGUCUUACUCAUGCAAGAUGGCAGACAUCACACAGGAAGGAGUUUCAUUAGUGGAAGACAUACACAAACGAAGGCAGCCAUUGCCCUCCAUGGAUGCUAUAUACUUCAUCCAACCAACCAAAGAGAAUGUUAUCAUGUUCUUGUCGGACAUGUCAGGAAGGUCUCCUCUGUACAAGAAGGCGUUUGUUUUCUUCAGUUCACCCAUUUCUAGAGAAUUGGUGUCUCACAUCAAGAAAGAUGCAACCGUAUUACCUCGCAUAGGUGCACUGAGAGAGAUGAAUUUGGAGUACUUUGCUAUAGACAGCCAGGGUUUUGUCACUGAUAAUGAAAGGGCCUUAGAGGAACUUUUCUGUGAUGAGGAAAAUACUCGAAAAGGUGAUGCGUGCUUGAAUGUGAUGGCCACCCGCAUUGCAACAGUUUUUGCUUCACUGAGGGAAUUUCCUUUUGUGCGCUACCGAGCCGCGAAAUCACUUGAUGCAAUGACAAUGACAACGUUUCGUGAUCUAAUUCCUACAAAGCUUGCUGCCGGAGUUUGGAACCAUCUUGUGAAAUAUAAGCAAACUAUUGAGAAUUUCCCUCAGACAGAAACAUGCGAAUUACUUAUCCUGGACCGUUCUGUUGAUCAGAUUGCUCCUAUAAUACAUGAAUGGACAUAUGAUGCCAUUUGCCGAGAUUUACUGAACAUGGAAGGAAAUAAAUAUGUGCAUGAGGUUCCUAGUAAAACAGGUGGUCCACCAGAGAAGAAAGAAGUUCUUUUGGAGGAACAUGAUCCUAUCUGGCUUGAACUUCGCCAUGCACAUAUAGCAGAUGCUAGUGAACGGUUGCAUGAGAAAAUGACCAACUUCAUAUCAAAAAAUAAAGCUGCACAACUUAAACAUGGUUCAAGAGAUGGUGGUGAACUUUCUACAAAGGAUUUGCAAAAGAUGGUUCAAGCUUUGCCACAAUACAGUGAGCAAAUUGACAAGCUUUCCCUCCAUGUAGAGAUUGCGGGAAAAGUCAACAGAAUCAUUAGAGAGCUUGGACUUCGAGAACUUGGGCAGCUGGAGCAGGAUCUUGCUUUUGGUGAUGCAGGACUGAAGGAUGUAAUUAAAUUUUUGACUACAAAAGAGGAUGUAACUCGUGAAAAUAAGUUGCGUUUGUUGAUGAUUGUUGCAGCCAUUUAUCCUGAGAAGUUUGAUGGUGAAAAGGGUCUCAAUUUGAUGAAGUUAGCAAAUUUACCACCCGACGAUAUGGCUGCCGUGAAUAAUAUGAGAUUGCUGGGGGGAUCUUCAGAUAGCAAAAAAAGCCCGUCUGGAGCCUUUACUCUUAAAUUUGAUAUUCAUAAGAAGAAGCGAGGAGUUAGGAAAGACCGCACUGCUCAAGAAGAACCAUGGCAGUUAUCACGCUUUUACCCAAUGAUAGAGGAACUUAUUGAAAAGCUUAGUAAAAGAGAACUAGCAAAGGAUGAUUAUCCAUGUAUGAAUGACCCUAGUCCAAGCUUCCAUGGGACAACGCAGUCUGCAGCAGUAAAUCAUAAUCCACCAGCUCAUUCGAUGAGAUCCAGGCGGACACCAACUUGGGCACGGGCUCGAAACGCUGAUGAUGUUGAUGGAUAUUCAAGUGAUCCGGUGCUAAGACACGCAUCUAGUGAUUUCAAAAAGAGGGGUCAACGAAUUUUUGUAUUUAUUGUUGGUGGAGCUACUAGAUCAGAGCUAAGGGUAUGCCACAAGCUCACAACAAAGCUGAACAGGGAAAUUGUUCUAGGCUCAACAAGCCUCGACGAUCCUCCUCAAUUUAUAACGAAACUGAAGUUGCUAACAGUAGAUGAUCUCUCAUUGGAUGAUCUCCAGAUCUAAAUGAAGUGAGGCGGAGAGCUGGAAAUGUGCUCUCUAUUAGUCUCUACUCCAAGUAUGUAAUCACAAAUAUGUGAUUUUCAAUUGUAUUGAUUUUUUUUAUGGCUAAUACAAAAUGUCUGCCUGGUUGUGUAACCCUAAAUUACUCUGUGUGAGCAUCACUGUAACAUAAUUGAUGUGGUAAGUGACGAAGAAGUUCCCGUGUAUAAUGCCGUUGUAUUUGAUAGGAAAUAACCGAUGCCGAUUGAAUUUUGGAAUUAAAGAUAGUGAUUUCAUGUA